AUGCCCCCCAGCUCGACGAAUCGUUCCGCAUCAACACAAAAGAGACGUCGGCGGUCCGCUUCUCUUGUCAGCGUAUUCAAGAAACUCCUCCCAGAGAACAAACCUGAGCGAGGCGGCACCCUGCGCAAGCAUGGCUUCCACUAUUCCGACUCUCUCGACAAGAGUCCCAUCCCAACCAGCCUGUCCAGCCCCUCCGUCUCCCAAGCCAACAAGAGGCACAGCCCGCCAGAGAGGCUCGCCCGCUGCAACACAGCCCUCAGCCCCCCGCCACCACUCCCCGCCUCAGCUCCGUCCAGCAGCUCUGUGUCUCCCAGCACACGGUCCACACAGCUCUAUCUCGAACGCCGCGAGAAGCGCCGGCAGCGGCGCUCGCUGAAGGAGUCGGGCGAUUUCCUCGGCGUGCAGGGGAUCAAUCCAUCAACGGGCGAGAUGGACGUGCUCACGCCGUCGACCAGCUCCGCCAGCUCGCCAUUUGCGCCUCUGGCCAGGAUGGUCCAGAGCAAGCGGGACGCGUACGAGAGCGCGAGGCGGGCGCUGCGGUCCGAGAAGAUGCGGCGGUGGGAGAUGGACAAGGAGGCACUCAAGGCAGAGCGCAGGAGGAAGGUGAGGUGGCGGAGGGCAGGGGAGGGGUGGAGCUCAGCUGUCGAGCCGGAGCUGAGCCCUAUCGAGGGGAGCAGUGCGGCGACGACGCCGAGGGAGGGGGAGAAGUCGACGGACACAAUCGUCAGGACACCUGUGAGAACUCCCACGAGAGUGUCCAGUAAUCCGAUUUUGCCCCAGAACCACCUCCAAAACCCCCCAAGGAUGAUGGGAGAGCUAGCCAGCCCCUAUGACACACCAUCAAGCUGGGGAGGACCCAAUGGGCGACGUAUCGGUCCAAACUCCACACAUCCGUCCUCGUCUGUCUCGCCCCGCGGUGGACCAGCAUCUACUAGCCAGAGCAACGGCGUCACCACCUUCAGAGGAAAACAAUACCACGAACCUAAGAACGGCAGUGACGGCAAAAUCUGCCUGCAUACCCACCAUCACCACUAUUGGAUCAUCUCCGGCUCCGACCCGCUGCAGCAGGCUAUACCAAGGCUCCGAUCUUCACGAGAGCGUGUACCCCUCCAAAAGGCAGAUCAGAGCAGCAGGUUCGAUGGCCAGAUGGACUCGUGGCCGAGCGAGGGUGAGGUCGAGGCGCUGGCUAAGACUCGUCGACCCCCUUCUCGUGACACGAACCGUCGGUAUUUCAUAGAUGCGUGA